UGAACGUAUUUGGGUCUCUCUAUUCCUCCUAGUUGACUUCUUUCUGGCGCAAACUGUAGCAUUCCAUCUUAUUACAUGGAGCUUGUGUAUCACCGUGUUUAUCUCUAAUUCUAUAGUUCUCCCUCCUGGAUGAGCGUACUGUAUUCUGAGUGCAACUGCGUCGGCCUUUCGAAUGAACCUACUGGUUAAGUUCAUGCGUAGCAGCUAACUUUUCAGUAAUGGGGUCUUUUUUGCUCACCCAAAUGGUUUUAGCACCCAAUGUCAUCUACCACUGGGUAACAUUCCACUGGAAAAUAGGUAACUCAAGAUUAACCAUCAAAUGAGCCAUUGAUCCGUUCUAAGUCUACAGUUUUGGCCAUCAAGCACUCUAUUUUGCCGAUUCAUCCUCUGCAAUAUGUAAAAAGGCAACUCAAAUCCGUGGCACUGCAAGAGUGAAAUCGUGUUAGAAAUCGCAGCUGGCUUUUAAAUCAGGGGAAUUACAAACAGAGAAUGCGGGACAGAGCGGCUUCAGUAUUCGCAGUCUAGUGGUCAAAACAGCUUCGAUUAGCCGUGGGAGGCGGCGGUCUCAGUAAAUAAUCAGUGUUAUUUUAUGUGGCUUUUCCCACCGAACGCCGUACACGGGAGAGGAUAAAGGAAAUAGCCCUUUUUCAGCAGGGUUCCAGCGAGCCGCCGAAUCUCGCAGCUAGCUCGGCUCUCUUUGUGUCAGCGAGGUAAAGUGGGAGGAGUUGCUUUCCUGCAAUUGUGUCGUUUCAGAAGUUGGAUAUUCCAAUCUCAGCUCUCACUGUGUUGCUGUAGAGGCUCGGGGCAGCUGCCUUGCUGCUCCCGGUUCCUUUUCGCAUUCUUCUGCCUUUUUCUUUCCGACUUUUCGCCUAUUUCUCCUACUUCUCCAAGAUGACAGGGCAAUCGGAUGCAUACCGGAGUCAGCUGUGUGCAGGUGUAAACUGUGAACCGAAGAGAAAGAGAGAGGCACAGACGUCAGCAAGGGUAGCUGACCAGCUUCCCUGGGUAACACUGAUAAUGCAAGAUUGCUUUGCCUGAAGAUGGAAACACUUGAAUCUGAAUUAACCUGCCCAAUUUGUCUGGAGUUAUUUGAAGACCCUCUGCUUUUGCCGUGUGCCCAUAGUUUGUGUUUCAACUGCGCCCACCGAAUCCUCGUCUCUCACUGCACCUCCAACGAGACCAUCAAAUCAAUUGCUGCCUUCCAGUGUCCAACUUGCCGAUAUGUUAUAUCUCUGAACCACCGUGGCUUGGAGGGUUUGAAGCGGAAUAUAACUCUGCAGAACAUUAUUGAUCGCUUUCAGAAAGCUUCGCUGAGUGGACCCAGCUCCCCCAGUGAAUGCCGCCGUGAACGACUGUACAAGGAUCCCAUCACUAUGUCUUCAGAGAGGGUCCAGUGUCAGUUCUGUGAGCAAGAGCCACCACGGGAUGCAGUCAAGACCUGCGUGACCUGUGAGGUCUCCUACUGUGACCGUUGCCUCAGGGCCACCCACCCUAACAAAAAACCAUUUACUGGCCACCGGCUGAUAGAGCCAACCCCGGACUCCCACCUACGUGGCCUAAUGUGUCUGGAGCAUGAAGAUGAAAAGGUGAAUAUGUACUGUGUCACGGAUGAUCAGCUGAUCUGUGCCUUAUGCAAACUUGUAGGACGUCACCGGGAGCAUCAGGUUUCCUCACUGAGUGAUAGAUAUGACAAGCUUAAGCAAGCAUUGGAAGCUAACCUUACGAACCUUGUGAAGAGGAAUACUGAGCUGGAGUCACAGAUGGGCAGACUCAUUCAGAUCUGCCAACAAGUGGAGGUUAUGAAGUUGAGGAAACUAGCACAGCAGAUAGCAAACUGCCGACAGUGCUUGGAGCGGUCAGGGUCUCUCAUCAGUCAAGCCGAGCAAAGCCUGAAGGAAAACGAUCAUGCGCGUUUCUUGCAAACAGCAAAAAACGUAACAGAAAGGGUUGCUAUGGCAACAGCAUCGUCUCAAGUCCUAAUCCCAGAUAUCAAUUUGAAUGAAGCUUUUGAAAACUUUACUCUGGAUUUUACAAGAGAAAAGAAGUUACUAGAAAGCCUUGACUAUCUCACAGCCCCAAAUCCUCCAAGCAUUCGAGAAGAACUUUGCACAGCAUCACAUGAUACCAUUACUGUCCAUUGGACUUCAGAAGAUGAAUUCAGCAUUGUCUCCUAUGAGCUACAGUAUACAAUCUUCACAGGACAAGCAAACUUUAUCAGCUUAUACAAUUCUGUUGAUAGUUGGAUGAUCGUCCCCAACAUCAAACAAAACCAUUACACAGUGCACGGACUACAGACUGGAACCAGGUAUAUCUUUGUUGUGAAAGCAAUCAACCAGGCUGGCAGUCGUAUCAGCGAACCGGCUAGACUGAAGACCAAUAGUCAACCCUUCAAACUGGACCCCAAAACUGCUCACAAGAAAUUAAGGCUGUCCAACGAUGGGCUCUCGAUGGAACGGGAUGAAAACUCCAUGAAGAAGAGUCACACCCCUGAACGUUUCAGCAGCCAGGGCAGCUACGGUGCCAUGGGAAAUGUGUUCAUUGACAGCGGCUGCCAUUACUGGGAGGUUCUACUUGGAGCAUGCACAUGGUAUUCCAUUGGCAUUUCAUAUAAAUCAACCCCGAAGAAUGAAUGGAAUGGAAAGAACUCUUCAUCAUGGGUGUUCUCCCGAUGCAAUAACAACUUUGCUGUCAGACACAGUGGCAAAGAGAUGUCAGUGGAUGCCAGCCAUCAGCUGAGGAGACUAGGUGUCCUACUUGACUAUGAUGGUAACACACUAUCAUUCUAUGAUGCGAUGAACACACAUCAUCUGCACACAUUCGACAUAUCUUUUGUUCUGCCUGUAUGCCCCACGUUUACAAUCUGGAACAAAUCAAUAAUGAUCCUGACAGGGCUUCCUGUCCCAGACCCAUUGGACUGCUUAGAACAGCAGCAGGAGUGCAUUUGUAGACCGCAGGAAUCUCCAUAUAUGUCAGCAAUGAAAGUCAAUCAGUAAAAGGCCAGACUGAAGUUGGCCCUCCAAUCCAUCCACGAUUCCUUAGUCCUCCAAAAUGGAAGUAAAAAUAUCAUGUAGCUAUUCCAAACAGGGCUGGACUAUGCAUUGUGCCCUCUCAUGAUAGCACAGAAGCCGCCUUACAUAGAAGAGACUACUAUUGUAUUGAAUUUAUAAAUUAUUUAUGUUGAAUUAUGUUUGCAGAUUAUCAUUGGAGAGAUAUUGUAUUCCAAAUGCACUUUCAAGUCAUGCUUUAAAAAUUAUGAAAAGCUGUUUUUAAAUUCAAAGAUGGAAGAUAUAUAAAGUAGAUCUGAAGAUGUGGUUUCCUCAGUUUCUAGGCAUUCUUGCAUAGUGCAUUAGAUCCACCUGGCUUUCAGACACUGGCACAAAUUGUUGUUCUUGUUUGCUGAGAGAAUCAUCUGCACCACUGAAUGACGCUUCUGGCUGAGAAAGGUGAAGGAUGCGACUGUUCACAUGUCACUCAGCAGCAGAACUGUUGCCAUAAUCAGGAGCUGCUGCACGAUGACAGAUAAAGUUUCCAGAAGGCAGGCAUUUUCAGAGAAUGCCUAGGAGCAGAGCCUAUUCCAAUCAAGUCAUCCUAAUGUACUUCAUAAAUCCAUUAUCUUGUCGUCUUUGUAUUGUUUGUGAUUGAAGAGAAGCAGUUCAAUGAAUUGUACAGGAGCCACACUGAUGCUAUGGAAUUUUAACUGUGUAUGUAUAAAUGUUAUAAAUAUUUAAAGAAAACUGGCUGAUUUCACCCAUUUGAAAAGAGAGAUCAUUUUCCAAGU